GGCCUGGCCCGGCCUGGCCUGGCCCGGCCCGGCUCCGCCCYGGGGCGCCGCCGCCGGCCCCCUCCCGCCUGCCUUCCUGGCCGCCUCCCAUCGCGUCGCUCCGGCUUCUCUGGCUCAGCGGACGCCCCGGCCCGGCCAUGGCGGACUUCGAUGAGAUCUACGAGGAGGAAGAGGACGAGGAACGGGCGCUGGAGGAGCAGCUCCUCAAGUACUCCCCCGACCCGGUGGUGGUGCGCGGCUCCGGCCAUGUCACCGUGUUUGGACUAAGCAACAAAUUUGAAGCAGAGUUUCCUUCAUCUUUAACUGGAAAGGUUGCACCUGAAGAAUUCAAAGCCAGCAUCAGUAGAGUUAAUGGUUGUCUUAAGAAGAAUCUUCCAGUUAAUGUACGAUGGCUACUAUGUGGAUGCCUUUGCUGCUGCUGCACUUUAGGUUGUAGUAUGUGGCCAGUUAUCUGCCUCAGUAAAAGAACACGAAGAUCGAUUGAGAAGUUAUUAGAAUGGGAAAACAAUAGGUUAUACCACAAGCUGUGCUUGCAUUGGAGACUAAGCAAAAGGAAAUGUGAAACGAAUAACAUGAUGGAAUAUGUCAUCCUUAUAGAAUUUUUACCAAAGACACCGAUUUUUCGACCAGAUUAGCAUUCGAUUUAUUUAUAGAGACUUAUUCAAGUAUGUUGUCUUUCCAAUGGUGCCUUGCUUGGUGCUCUCCUGGUAGUGACAUAGCAUUGGUUCUACAGAAUCUUAUGGUGUUUUCAUUCUUUUUGUUUGUUUGUUUGUUUGUUUUGUUUUUCUUGUGGGGUUUUGGGGGUUUUGUUUGGGGUUUUUUUGUUGGUUUUUUUUUUGGUUAGUUGUUUUUUGUUGGUUUUUUUUAAACAAGAGUAUGUUCUAAGUGCAUUUGGUCAAACUCUGUGAAGUAUUUUCACACAAAUGUUAAUUACUACUUAAGUUAUUUUUACUUUUGCUACUUCUGUUUAUUAAUGUAUCUUGAUUUUCAAAGUCUUUUAUAUGUGUGCGCGCGCGUGUGUACAUAUAUAUAUUACUAUAAAUACACGGCUGAAAAUUAUAUACAAGUGAACAGGUUAUUUUUUUAUCCAAAUAYGAUACAACUAAUGGACUGUACAUUGUGUAAGCCCCUUUAGUCAUUCAUUUACAUGCUGGAGUUCCUUCUAAGAUGAUCUGAAACCUCUGUCAGUGACUAGUCAAUUGUAAAUACUUUUAUUUCUUUUUGGGAUAUUGACUAGUCUCUUCCAGUAAAAGAAGGAUACAAAGUUCUUUUAGAAGUGUAUUUUUUGGAACCCAAAUGUUGUUAGUAGAAAUUUUGAUGCUUUUCAUGAAGAAGUCCUGUCAGCUGGUUCUGAAAAAGUUUGGCUUUAAAAGGUUAAAAAAAAGCAGCCAAGUGGAAUUAUUUUGUUCAGACUAGAAGAAUCACUGAGAGAAUUGCAUGCAUCUGGCUAGUAGAACUCAAGAUCACAAAAGUGUAUUAUUAUUGCAUUUUCUAAUGUAGCUGUUUUAAUUCAGUUCAUUGCCAUGUGCCAGCUUUAUGCAUACUGUUUACCAGAUCCUGUACACAGGGGACUCUUUUUUCCUAAAGCUUAAUAGUCCAAAAAGACCUUCCAUAAUUUUUUUUUGUUUUUUUAUUUUAAGGCCACAUAAGAUGAAAAAUGUUAUUGAAGAAUUUUUGAACAGUGCAGUUCCAGAUGCAAAUGCCAUGUAUUAAAAAUAGUCAAAGCAGGGUACAGUGGGCAACAGUGUAUUGCACCCUUUCUUUUGCUCAUUUUGGUUUACAAAGGUUAUUUUCUGCACAAGUAUAAGACUUUUUUAAACUGGAUAUAAAAUGUAUGUUUGGGUCAGGCCAGUUGUAUUUCUUUUCUUCUGAUUAUAUUUUAGUUGUACAUAUCUUCACACAUAGCUUUUGGGUUUUUUUAAAUGGCAASUCUCAUAUUUUAAAAUUUGCUUCAGAUAUCUAAAAUUACUGUACGCAAAAUUGAUGUAAGUUAAGAACAUGUUCUUUGUACAGUUGUGUUAGCAAGCAAUAAUGUGAAUAUAGGAAAAAACCCGAUAUACUCUGCUUACUAUUUGUAUGAAUGAAAAGUUGAUACCACUACAAGAAUAGUCUUCUCUUUUUAAUCUUUUAAAUACAAGUUUAAUUUCAAGGUAAUGUAUUACAGGUACCUUGAUGCUGUGAACUAUUUUUCUAUAUCUUCAAAAUAUUUAUUCUCUGUAAAAAAUUCUCUUGUGUGUAUUAUAUUCCUAAAUUGUUCAUAGUAGGAGUGGUCUAGAAAGUUUUCAGUUUUCUUAAAUUUAAGUCUUCUGUAUCUGUUCCCAAAAUUUAUGCUUUGUUCAGCUUUCGUCUGUGGAUUCCUGCUGUUCACUUUGAAAAUAGCUCAGCCAUGCUUUUCAUACAAGCCUACAAGUGUGUUUCUUUGACUUGACAGAACAUGAUUUUUAUUUACCAAAUCCCAGUUUUGUGCUGGCCUCAGUCUGCUGAGUGCCACAAUGGUUUCUCUACCAAGUAACUGUUUAUAAUAUUCUAAAAAUCAAUUUCAACCUUUUCUUCAGUACAAAUCUGGGUCUGCUGCACUCCUUCUCUCACCCAGAAGUAAUAAUUCUAAUCUCAGACUAGUUUCAGCCUGCAGGAGGACAGAAACCUAACACUGAUGGCAGCUGAGACUGGGGAUGUUGGAGGUGUGGAGGAGAGGUUGGAAUUGAACAGAAGUGAUAACUGGUGAUAAAUACUGAUGACCAGAAAUAUAUUUUGAUUUUCAUAUGUGUCAGUUUUCAGUGAAAUGAAUAUUGGAUUAUAUGAGGCCUACAUUUUAUUAAGAUUUUCAUUUGACUGUACAAGUAAUUUGUGUCAUGGAUGCAGUUUUCCACUGGUGUGGAAACCUAUCCCUUCACUCUAGUGGAGGAUAUGGCUUGUGGUGUGUUCAUAGCAGCACCACAUUCAGCGUGAGCUAUUUGCCUUCAUUUACUACCCMAACUUCCCAUACUAUGUUCUGUCCAUGUCCACAGCUACCUUGCCAGCAGCAUCCAAAUCCACCGACAAUAGAGCUGCUUUGGGCAUGAUGUGUGCUGAAACCAGAGCAGUGAUUAGAGUGUAGCUUACAGUUUUACUGAGUUUCCCAUUAGUAAAGCUUCCUCAUUAACUGUAGUGAUGGUUAAGACCUUGUCUGCUUUUAGGUGCAUCAGCAUUCCUGGGCUUGGUUAGCUGGCAUUUCUGUAUUUGAGCUAUGAUUUUCUCUUGUAGAACUCUAGUACAGAGAUCCAAAGUAGAACUCUGAGUAAUUAAGAAGUUAAAUCACUUAGUAAGGAGGCCAAACUUAUUCCCUCAAAAAAAAAUUUGGAUAUUUUAUUAAAAGAAUGUCUCUGACUUAAAAUACAAUCAGGAAACCUGCAGGAAACCUGCAUGUAUAGAGAGCUGAGCUUCCUCUCAAAGUGAUACUCUCCUGAAGAGUACCAGGUAUACAAUCACCUGGUAAGAAUGUUACAAAACAAUCCCUUUCAAUUCAUUAAUUACAAUGAUGGAAAUGAAAAAUGGCAUGAGCUUUAAUCAACUGUUGAACGCCUGCGGCAGUUUUCAGGGUUUUCCUUUGAUGUUGCCCCUGAAAUACUAAAUGUAUUUAUUUUGAUUGCUUGUGAGAAGACAUAUAUUACCUUCUUUUUCCACUUGGCAAARAAUGAAAUUGCACAGUUUGAGCAGACCAGAAGCUAUAGUAGGACUUUCAGGACACAGCCUACUCUUUACUAAAAUUAAUAUUACAUUGUACUAACUUGUUCAACUUCUUGCAACUCAGCAAUUUCUACAAAUAAUCUUAUCUAUUUCAAAUUUCCUUGAGUUAGGUAUCAAGCUGACAUUAAUCAUUUAGCAAAUUAUGCUAAUUAUGCCUGUUUCAUCUUUAGCCUGCUUAAUUAAAGGUGAAGGCAUCAAUGAAUCCCUGUGAGAACUAAUUAUUAUUUUCAGAUAUAGUGGCCUUUAACUGGUGAAUAAAGAUUGCUUUCUUACUGUAAUAUAAUAGAAACAAUUCUUUUUAAUUGCUUAGUGAUAGGUGGAAAUAAGUUAUGAGGGAGAAGGACUUUCUGUGUGACCUUAUGUGAAGAAUUCUGAAGAGCUCAUCURUUGUUAAAUAGCUGUGACUUGGAAGUUUAUAUUGGUAUUGGCAAACUUCACCAGAAAUGAAAAUGUUUAUGGAGCUAGGUUACAGGAAGUCAGUAAUUUUUUUGGUGAUAGGUCAGUAAGAGUAAUUUUAAUAAACUAUUUAUGCAAAUCCAAAAUUUCCCAUGAUACUUAAACCCAAGUAGAAUAGAUGGUAAAAACUUUUUACAGUACUUAGAUGUAAAUUAUAAUCUCUAAAUCAAUUUGUGAAGUGCUAUGUUUUUGUAAUUUUCAAGACCAUGGUGUUUAAAUGUAAUACUCUAUCUCUCAGAUACAGGCUUACUUCAAAGUCAGUUUUAAUUAAUUUUUUUUUCCUUAAAGUCAUUAUUUAGCCCCAAAGAUUGUAGGAAGAGCUUUAAAAUGCAAUCUGUAACUGCCCAAAAGCCAUGAGCCAAGGAAAAAGAACUUGUCUUUAUUCCCUUCCUUCCACCCCUCACCCGAAAGUUUUAAUUUUAAAUUGGUCCCCUUGUUUUGGAGCCCUAGUUUGUGGGUUUUGAGAAGCUGGCAAUAAUGCAAAUUGAACACCAAAAACCCCAUUUGAAUUCUGAACAAUUUAAAGAGAUCACUUUAAUUGAAGAGGCGAAAGAUUGUUAAGCAAGGAAAAUCUCUGGUUCUUUUAAGUUCUCCCAGCACUGCUGAAAUCCAGAUGAUUUUGUGUACAGGAAAUGCUCAGGUAGAGAGAUCUCAGAGCCUCAAAUGUCUUGGAUUUAUAGUAGAGACUUACUAAGGGUAAGUGGCACUGGCUGGUUUUAUAUCUGUGACUAAAAUCAUUUAUGUUGCUCUUCAGCAACCUUGCUUAUGAAAAAAAAGCAUUUCAGAAAUCUGUGUGCAUCACUGCUAGUUUGCUAUAAUUUCUGUGCUUCUCCCUAUAGCCACAUUGCAUUUCCAUGACAAACAGCUAAAUGUGCGAUCAUUAUAAUGCCUUUAAUAGCCAUAUUGUAGGUAGAAAUACUAACUUCUCAGGAACUAAUAGGAAAUAUGAAAAUGGAGUUUAUGAGCUGAAUGCCUGUCUGCAUGAAGGCUUACUUUGCAAAUGUCACCCUAGAAACUUGAUUGUAAUAUUGCAUGACCAUUAUGAAUGUUAUCAAUAUASAGUUACGCAAACUUCUUUUACCCUGUAUUACUAGGCUGCUGAAUGUCAAAGUAUGUUGGAUAAGGAUAAAUGAAGUUUGUUUCUUUUCUGAUAUGGAUGAAGUGAUUAUUUCUAAUGGUGCUACCUUCUUAAUUCCUGUGUUUAUUCUUUUUAAACACAUCUCUGAAGGCUGGGUGAAUCGGGAUAUUGAUGUACUAAGAAAGCAGUAUCUUUCUUCUUAAGGAAGUACAAUAAUUUCAGGGAGAGAAGUACUCUAGAAGUGUAAAAAAUCUCUGCUGGAAACAUACAUGUAUUCUUCAAUAGAUAUCCUUUUGUAUUCUUUUGUCAGUAACACUACUUUGCAGAUCAUUAAUUUUUGAACUUUCUGCACACUGAUGUUUCAGUCAGUGUGGGCUGAGAAUUAGAGACACUUUGAAAAUUUAAACCUCCCUGAAUCCUUGCACAAAACUUCAUAUGUUGACACCUGUGGUGGUGUAUGUAUCCCUACCACAUAACACCUUGGUAAUAUACAUCUUUUAUGAAACUAAAUGUACUGUUUUCAUGGAAGUUGUCCUUUAAAAAAAAGUCUUCUGGUUUGUUAACCUCAUUGAUAUUUCAUUAAUAUUUAUUUUCUUGAAAAAGGAUUCAUAAAUGCUUGGCUCCUUAAAAUACAACAGACCAUUAGGAAAAAUUUAGUAAGGCGAAAAAUGAAACAUAGGAAUUAGGAGAAGCAGCACCCAAAAGAUUGAAUUUGGGGAUUAGGUUUGGAGUUCUGUGAGUAUGAUAGAAAAUAGUUUUGUACUGAAUGAAAUGGUAUUGGAUGAUGCAAAUUAAGCAAAAGCUAGCAGUCCGUUUCAGUAAUUACGUAGACUGUGUUAACUUCUGUUAUGUUUUGUUUUGAUACAGAAAAAUGUGUUAUUUAUUUUGGUUAUGCUCUAGUUGAUAGACAAUUCUGCUAUCAUAUAGAAUAAUAAUGCAGAAGGUAAGCUUCCUUAUAAACUCAGCAGCUCUUCAUUUGAAAAAACCAGACCAAAAUGAAAUUGCUGAUGAGAGCUGCGCUGUGAGUGCAGAACAGUCUUUUCCUGAGCUGGAGCCUGUAAUGCAUGGCUAAUUGUUUCCAAAGAAAAUUCUUGACUUGUCCAGACAGCCCCUGUCAUGUGACAGUAUAUCUAAGGCCCACAAGUAGGAUCCAGUACAAUUUAAGUUCAGGUAAGUAAGACUUUUGUAGUUAAUUGUAAUUUUUACAGAGAAGGGAACCAUUGACAAAURCUUACUUUUAGAGGGCAGAUAGUAGAUUUUUAUAAUAUUUAUUGAAACAUACUUUUUUUGUUGUUGUUUGCUCCUCAUUUAUAGCUUAAAAAUUGGAAGUUACUUUGUCCUGUGUUGAAAACUAGACUUAGUAGUCAGCUGAAGACUUCUUUUUUGUUACAGUAUUUUAAGUUUAUAAAUACAUGUUUAAAGUUAUAUUUAGAAAUUUUUUUUUUAAAAGUCAGAUAUCCUGAUGCAAUAUAACUGAUAUUUUUAGUGGCUGUUUGUUUACACUGAUUUCAUUGUGCUGAUGUGAAUAUCUAACACAUCCACUCCAAGUGUUUAUCUGAUUCUUUUAUGCUAGCAACAGGCAUUCUAAUUUCAUAGGAUAUGCAGUGUACCUAGUGGUUAAUAUUGUCAGUGAAGAGUUUGAUUCAGUGAAAUAACAGGGAAUGCAAAGUAGUUACUGAUUUGAAAAGUGUAACUCAGAUUCUUGUUUUCAUAAAGGUUGGAGUAUGGCAGUCAGAAUAUUAACUCAUUCCAAGCAUAAAUUUGAAAGAGAAUAGUAAACAACAAAACCAUGCCUAAAUGUUGUGUGCUAAAUUAGACCAUCAUGUUGCUAYAAGAGAAUUUGCAGAGAAUUGCAUCAGACUGUGUGCUUAGCAAAAACCUGUUAAAUGUAUUAAACUAAUGGUAAAUAAGUCACUGACAAGAUGUUGCCAUCAAGAGGGAAAACUUAAAACCCAUCAUUUUGAUGUAUGCUAAAAAUGCGUUUCAAGCAGAAAAUGCUUAAGCAAUAAUUUAACCUAAAACUGGAUAUGAAAGAAGCUGCUACUUAGGGAGACACUUGAUGUAAAUUUUGCCUGUUGGGCAUCUCUCCUCUCAAAAAGAGUUUAGAAAAAUAGGCUUGCUGCAAUUUCCACUAUUGUAUCAUUCCUCUUCAAAUAUCCUAUGUCUGGGUGAGAGACUCAAAGCUUAGAAGCCAGUACUGUGUUCACAGGGUGCACACAGCUUUGGGAGAAGAAGAUAGGAAGAAAAGGACUUUUAUAAGGCUGCACAAUUGUAUAUAUGCAUAUUUAAGAAUAUUGAACUGUGUCUGCUAAAUUAGUGAGGCUAAUCUAUUAYUGAAUUAUAGAACAUUAUUUAAUACAUCAACAUUGUUAUUUCCUGACCUGACCCAGAAUUGGAAUGGACUCCAACAUAACUUUUUUAAAAGCAUUUUUUAAGUUGUAUGUAUUAUAAACAAAUAAAAUAAUUGUUAACCUA